CUUGCGAUUGAGUUCUAUCUCACAUUUGUUCUGAGAUAGUGUAAUCAUUGCCUGUGUAAGUAUGAAGUAUUUUCAAUCUAAAAUAGGGUUGAGUCCUUAAGAAUCGUGCUCUUGCUGGAGGUGCUGCAAAGUAAAAUAAUGUUGCUAGAGUUCUAUCACGUUUGGUUUACUGAUGGUGCCAUGUGAAUGUUUGUGCAACUGUGCGGUAAUGUUAAGCUUUGCAAAUUAUCUGCCAGAGAAUUUUGUUGGAUUAUAGGCAUGAUUUUCAACGAUUUUGUUUUCUAUUUUCCUUUUGCUACAAGUUCAUUUCCAUCAUUUUGGGUGAGGUGUGCUAUGUGGGAGAAUUACAAGCCAAUUUCAGCAUGGCUAUUGGCAGGUUUGCUUGCAAAGAGGUUUCUACAAUUUUCAAUCUUAGGAUAGUUUCUCUUGCUGUUUUUUUUUCUUGCAACAAAAAUAAUAUUUUCAAGGUUUCUUAAGUUAUGAACAUAUGUACUAUUGGGAGCUUUAUUAAUUAAGAAAGCAACUGCUACGGUAAAUUGACUAAUUCUUUCAUUGGCAGCGUGAUCGGAUGCAAAAACUAUGAAAACUAAAGAAAAAGCCAUAACAAAAAUUUUGGGACCCAAGAGCGAGCUCAAUUUUUAAUUUUGUUAGUGAUGGGCAAUUCAACCAUUCAAGUGAUUAAACGUUGAAGAAGCCAGAAACAAAUGAAGUUACCAUGAAGCUUCGUAGCUUUGCUAUGUGCUAUGAUGCCGGUUUAGCAAGGACGCACGGUUAUCUUUACUAAUGAAUGCUUGAAUUUAAUUUCUUCGUCCAUGAAGCUUCCUAAAACCCUUGGGCUUGUUAGUCCCGCUUGAUCCUAUAAGUACAAGGUUGUUAUUAUUGCAUCUUGUCAAUAUCCCAUUUUGGAACCUUUUUCUUUUUGUUACAAAAAUUUAAGGUGAGUGGAUGAUCCCCCAGUCCCAAAACAAUAAGAGGGAUUAGCGGGAGUUCAAAGAGCACUUAGGAACUAGUGAGAGUUCGAACCUGCGAUUUGUCAGGUACAAGACUGUCAUGCUCCAUUAGACCAACCCUUCUACCAAUUUAAGGUUGUUUUGGAACCUUUUACUUUAUUCAUUUGUUUCUUGAAUAAGUUGUACUGAAUAUAAGUGAUUAAAAGCCGUAUCCUUCGCUUACUACCAAUACAAUAUUAACAUGAAAACCAGCCUAUAAUUUAAACACAUCGUAGUGGAAUUGAAGAGAUGAUAAAAAGUUGGUGUGAUAGUUCUACUAUAAUGCUCAUGAAUUGUUUUGAUUGAUGAUGUGUAAGCAUUAAGAUUGAGUUAAUUAAUAGUGGGGAGAGAUUUCAAUAUUUACUCUAAAGUAAAAACUCUCGUUCACAGUCAUGUCUUGUGCUUUUGAUUGAGUCCGAAAGUUAAAAUAACAGAAUACUAUUCUGAUACCAAGAAUGGUUGUACCACUUUGGCUUAAUGUUGAACCAAAAAAAAGGAAACUCCGCAGACUUUGCAUGUGUUAAAAAAUAAAACUCAGUAAAGAGAGAAUGAGUGUGUCAUUUACUCGGACUGAAAAGGAAAGAGAGAAAGUGAUUUUGUUUUAUGAAGAGUGGAUCAUGGUACUGAAGAGGCACUCUUUCUUAGUCCUUACUUUUCAUAGUUUCUUCCCUCAAUCAUACUCGUAGAACCAUCAUAAUAAAACAUAAGCAGAGGGGAAAAAAAAGAAAGAACACAUAUAUAGCAUUAUUAGUCCCACAUAAUUUAUUUUAGACUUCUACCUCUUCCUUCUCACCAUUCAUAAAUGGCUUUGAAAGUUAGAAACAAGACUUCAGGAGCAUUGGUAACAGCUACAUGGAUUGUCUCGUGGAGCCUUAUCAUGAUCUAUAAUGUCAGUUCAGCAAAGAGAGUUUUGGAAGAACCAAAAUCAGAAAGCUUUGUUCUGAAACAAAAACAAGGAGCUGUGGUUGGAGUGUUUGAUUUCUUCUGGAAGAGUGGAGAGUCUUCCUAUGAACGUGUUUGGCCUGAAAUGAAGUUCGGUUGGAGAAUAAUAGUAGGAUCAAUUGUUGGAUUUUUCGGAGCAGCGCUAGGUAGUGUUGGCGGGGUUGGAGGCGGAGGAAUUUUUAUCCCUAUGCUCACUUUGAUCAUUGGUUUUGACCCCAAGUCUUCUACAGCCAUUUCUAAGUGUAUGAUUACAGGAGCAGCAGGGUCAACUGUGUAUUACAAUCUGAGGCUUAGGCACCCAACUUUAGACAUGCCACUUAUAGAUUAUGAUCUGGCUUUGCUCUUCCAGCCUAUGCUAAUGUUAGGAAUAAGCAUUGGUGUUGCGUUUAAUGUCAUGUUUGCUGAUUGGAUGGUGACGGUUUUGCUUAUCAUCCUAUUCAUUGGCACAUCCACAAAAGCUUUAUCCAAAGGCUUAGAUACAUGGAAAAAGGAAACAAUUAUGAAGAAGGAAGCAGCCAAGAUGUUGGAAUCAGAUCCUGGUUAUGUUUCUGAAGAAGAGUACAAGACAUUACCAAGUGGUUCAGCUGAACCACAAGAUGAGGAGGUUCCUUUACUAAAGAACAUUUACUGGAAAGAAUUAUCAGUCCUUGCAUAUGUCUGGGUGGCUUUUCUCAUUGUUCAGAUUAUAAAGACAUACAGCAAAACUUGCUCCAUACAGUACUGGAUUCUUGAAUCCUUACAGGUUCCUAUUGCAAUAUCUGUUACACUUUAUGAAGCCAUAUGCUUAUGCAAAGGAACUAGAGUGAUUGCAUCAAAGGGAAAAGAAAUCACAGAUUGGAAGUUUCAUAAGAUCUGUCUUUACUGCUCCUGUGGAAUAAUAGCUGGUAUGGUCAGUGGACUGCUUGGUCUGGGAGGUGGCUUCAUUCUUGGACCAUUGUUUCUGGAAUUGGGAAUUCCUCCUCAGGUAGCUAGUGCUACAUCAACUUUUGCUAUGGUUUUCUCUUCCUCCAUGUCAGUGGUACAAUAUCACUUGCUAGAUCGCUUCCCUGUGCCUUAUGCUGCAUACUUUGUUCUGGUCGCGACCAUAGCUGCAUUAACUGGCCAGCAUGUGGUGAGAAAGAUAGUUGCUAUCUUCGGCCGAGCAUCCAUCAUCAUCUUCAUACUAGCAUUCACCAUUUUUGUCAGUGCAAUCAGUUUAGGUGGGGUGGGAAUAGAGAACAUGGUUGAGAAGUUGGAAAAUGAAGGGUAUAUGGGGUUUGAAAAUAUCUGCCAUCAAUCUUAGGUGUGUUUUGCCUUUGUAAAGCAGUUGAAAUUUUCUACACAAUAUUUGCUAAACUGGUGAUAUGAUUACUUAUUGGUCCAUUUCAUUCAAGUAAGGAAAUUAUUUUUUACUUUUAUGUAUGUGUAAUUAGUGUAGAUUCUGUAGAAGUUUAUACUCUUCGCCUACACUGGC